UACUAUAUACUCAAAGUAAUGUCCACACAGUGUAUAUGUGUACGUACAUAAACGUAACGUUGAAAAGAAAUAAUGCGAUCCUGUUAUUUAUGUGGAAGAAAAGCCACAAAGGUUGAAAAGGUUUCUUUACAUAAAUUUCCGAAGAUACCACAAAUACGUCAAAAAUGGAUCGAAGCAUGUGGAUUGCACCAUCAAGAUGUAUCUCAUUUAUAUAUUUGCUCAUAUCACUUUGAAUUAUCUCAGAAAAUAAUUGCAUUGAAGAAACUACCUCCUGGAGCCGUACCCAAUAUAAACGUUACAAAUGCGGCAAUAAAUAAGACUAAUUCUCCAGAAAUACUAAAUCAUCCACUUGAAUUAUCAAAUAUUUCAAAUAAUAAUGAGCCAAUAAUAGACAGUACAAAUAUAUCGAAAUUGCCUGAAAUAAAAAUUAGAUCAUCAUCUACAUCGUAUGUAAUAGAUGAUCAUGAUUAUGCAGUUCAACCAAUAUCGAAAACUCCUGCUUUUCAUUCUUUGCCAAUAAUAGAGAGUACAAAUAUGUCGAAAUCACCUAAUGUAAAAAUUAUAUCUUCAACUAUAUCGGACGUUAUAGAUGCUGAUUAUAAAGUCCAACCAAUGAAAGCUUAUUCAUAUUCUGAAAAGAACUUUUCUUCUCCGAAAAAAGGCUUGUUUGCAGAACCAAGACAUAUUUCAGAAGUUACUAUUUCUAGUGUUAUUUCUUCUCCAAAAAAACGCUUCUUUGCAGAGCCAAGAUAUAUUUCAGAAAUUACUAUUUCUGAUGUUAGUACACCAAGAAAAGCGAAAAGAAUAAUCGAUUUUAUUAAGAAAAUAGACCAAAAGAAAUGCAAACAAAUAAAGUGUUUACAAAAUCAAAACAGAAAGCUUUUAAAGCGAAUUCUUACAUUGCAAAAUUUCAUAUCUCAUUUGGAACAAUCAAAAGAUUAAUUUCUGAAGAGACUGAAGAUAAUAUAAUGGUAUAGUACAAAAUAAAUUUAAUAACAUAUAAAACAUUUUUUCCUAGACGUAUAAUAAAAGGAAUUAUAAAUUCUGUUCUGAGUGAAUCAAUUAAUACGCAAUCUUUUAUUAUACGUCCUAUAUUUGUAUUUAUUAUUAAACAUUGAAGUAUUGAACUAUCUUAACAUACUUUGCAUUUUAAUGAUGAAUGAUUAGUAAUGAACAUUCAUUUUGGGUACAUACAAUUUUAUAUUAUGUAGCAAAUCAAUUAAUUCGACAUUAUUUCUGACGUUAUUUCUUCUCCAAAAAGCACUUCUUUGCAGAGCCUAAGAUAUAUUUCAGAAAUUAUUACUUUUGAUGUUAGUAUACCGAGAAGAGCGAGAAUAAUCGAUUUUAUUAAGAAAGUAGAUAAAAAAAAUACAAAGUAUUUACAAAACUAAAACAGAAAAUUUUUAUUAAAGUAAAUUGAUACAUUGCACUUUUAUUCACUUAAAGCGUAUAAUUAUAUACGAGAUGUAAAAUUACUUAUUACGAUAUCCUUUCAUGAUAUGAAAUUAGGAUCGCACUAUUAAUGGAUCUCCAAGUUUCACAAGACGUUAGAUGCAAAUACCAUUAGAUCAAAUACCAUUGCACUGUGCAAUAAUAAAUCUCUUGUUAAUUAUAGAUAAAAUGGCAAUAAGGGAACAGAGAAAGAGAGAGAGAGAGAAAUAAUUUCUGAUAAAGAAAAAUUUAAUGAUGAUAUUAAUUAUGGUAUUUUUGAACACGAAAAACAACGUUGAACGAAAAAACGAGUCUAUUUCUACUAUUAAAAAUAAUGUCCAUAGCUGUAUCUCUGAAUGAUAGUUCCAGUUGGAUAUUUUUUAAUAAAAUCAUUGAGCAGUAUA